UUGACAGCUCAAGCGAUUGUCGGUCCCUUUUGUGAUUUGAUUCACGGGUACCAAUUCUACCAUUCGGGGUCUAUCCUGCCUUUGCACCGUCGUGGAGGCUUUAAAACUCCACAAUAUUUCUCUCUCAAUAGGUUGGUCUGUGUGUGAUAAGCUAUCACAAGAUCGAUCUUCAACAAAAAUCCUCCCCGAAACAACACCAGCAGAAGAUUUUGAUAACUGGAAUUUAACAACUGGUAACUCGAGUCGGCCAUUGUGAAUCGGAUAACAACAAAAUGUCUCCUCGAGAAACGGGAUAGAAAUCCCCUUACUGUUAUUUUCAAAUGAGAGGAAAAAACCGGAUGAAAAAAAUGACUAAACAUAGACAGUUUAUUCUUGUGAUUUCAUAUCUCGGACUUUUCUAACAAAGGAGAAAUUGGGCCAUUUCAAAAGGGGAACGUGUUUAUCACUAUAGCGGCAAAGGUUUGUUAUCGGAAGUGAUUUUCUUCCGGAAACUAGCCGUAACUGAUAUUAUUAGCAAAUCUGGAUUCCAAAGAAGCUAAAUCUGCCUCACAGCUUCUCUACCGUCAAAUGACAAUGACGUCGGAAAAGGAAAAGGCGAAAAAGACGUUCGACUUUCGAAUGUCGAAAAAGGUGGCAGAAUUGACUCAGGUAGUUCAUAUGUUGUUCACAAGAAACCACGAGAAAGAAGUGGAGAUUGAAGCUCUUAAAGACGCGUAUGAGUACGAAAUAUCACUAGUUCAAGAGGAUGCAAUUGAACAACUGAAGAAAAGUGAGGAAAAACGAAAAGAACUGGAAAAGUUGUUGGAAAAUGAACGCAAAGUAAGUCGUGAGCGGGUAAAAAGUGCCAUUCAACAGGAAGCAUCUACCAAAGAGGAACAAUGGAAAGAAAAAGUUAAACUUCUGGAGCAGCAAUUAACAGACGAGAAAAACGAAAGCCAAAACCUGAGAGAUUUAUUAAUAAAUGCUCAAAAGGACAUUGAAAAACUAAGACAAGGAGUAGCAGAACAACUACAGAGUAAAAAUGAAGAAAUUCACCGCAAAAAUCAGGAACUGGAAAGACUACGACAGAAAGUGGCCAAUCUGGAACACACACAGAGCGAGAGUGAGAAACACUAUAAAGAGAUCAUCCGAGACUUGGAAAAGAGUAACGAGAAGUUAGAACGAGAGUUGGCACAGUUACAGGCUCUGCUAGAGGAAACCCACCGAUCAAAAAUGCAUUUUGAAUCCAAGAGUCAAAAGCUUGAAACAGAUUUGAAAAAUUUGAGAAAGGACUUCAGCAAAAAAGUAUCUGAGGUGGUCGCUAGUCAACGGUCUCAAACCACUCACCAGCUACCGGCCCAGCGGCAAUAUACGCCAACCGGAACAAUGACGAUAAAGGAUUACAACGAGGAAGUAGAAAAAUUACGACGGGAAGUGCAAAGAUAUCGAAUGGAACUCAGCAACCGAGACAACAACUUCAACCGGAUGUUUACCGACGGACAACAGCUGAUGGUGGAUCCACGAGCAGGGAAAAUCGCCAUCACUCAACAACAGGUGCUUGCUGCUGGCCCCACCCAAUCUAAGUCGGAACCCGUCCUCGGAAACAGGGAGAAAUCGUUCUCCUAUGCGUUUGUACAAUCUCUGGACGAAUCCGUAAGCACCGAGGGUUCCCGAGUGGCGAAGCGGCCAACAAGUUCCAGAGUUUCCUCAGCAUCAGGGAGACUUCCGGCUCUUACCCAGGAACAGAAAACACGCCUCACCAAACUAAUGAAGCCCCGUCCUCUUCCGAAAGAAAUGCUUUAUGGGAAAUAAUUCGAUUUACGUCAUAAUUAACUGCUUUAAAAUUUGUCUUCCCCAAUGACAAAAUACAACUUCAUAUUGGCAUGUUUUU